AUGGUAGCCGUUCGCUUCCUGACUUGUUGCCUCCUGCUGGGCAUCCAAGGUGCUUAUGCUUGUGCCCUCGAGCCCCGUCAAGAUAGCACCGAUUUUUUGACAGUUGGCAAAGAUGGCCCUGCCGACCAGGAGACUCUUGGCUACAAUCUCAACCAUCUCUCUCUCAUUGUGCACAACCUUACGGCUAGCAUGGAGUUUUACGGCAAUGUUCUCGGAAUGCGCCAUCUUUUCACAGCCCAAUUAACGCCCUCGUACAGUGUCACCUACAUGGGCCACGCCCAUGGAGGGAAGAAUGGCACAGGCUACCAAACCGGCGAGGAACUGUUACGAGAGAAAAAUAAUGCUGCAGGGCUUCUAGAGUUUCAGUACUUUGCAAAUUCCGAAGACAAGAACCUUACAGCUACUACGCAGCGCCCAAAUACCUUCAGUCACAUCGGUCUUAUUGUGCCCAGCCUCGAGAAGGCUCAGGAGAGAAUGGAAAAAUUUGGAGUGAAGAUCUCUAAGCGCAUCGGACAGAGCGCCGAAGGGAUUGCGUCUGUCGAGAAUGCGCUUGGUGCUGGCGAAUAUGCAACCAAAAAUCAAACAGAGCGCGACUUGCUGAUUAAGGGACAAGAACUGGUAGGAUUUGCACAGCUGUUGACCGUUGAGGAUCCAGACGGGAACAUGAUCGAAGUUCAGCAGCUGGUAGCACCUCCAGGUGUCGCGUAA